AUGGCUUCUUCUUCUUCGAAACUCUUCACUCCCCUCCAAGUCGGGCACAUGCAGCUCGCCCACCGCAUUACCAUGGCCCCGUUAACCCGCUUCCGAAACGAUGACGACCAUGUGCCCCUUCCCAUCGUGAAGGAGCAUUACGAACAGCGCGGAUCCGUCCCCGGAACCCUCCUCAUCACCGAGGCCACCCUCAUCUCCCCGCGCGCCGGCGGCUUCGCCAACGUCCCCGGCAUCUGGAGCGAGGCGCAGAUCGCCGCCUGGCGCACCGUCACCGACGCUGUGCACGCCAAGGGCUCCUACAUCUUCAUGCAGCUCUGGGCGCUGGGCCGGGUCGCCAACCCGACCAACCUGGCGAAGGACGGCUACGACCUCGUCUCCAGCAGCGCCGUCCCCGCGACCCCCGAGGGCCCUGCGCCCCGGGCCUUGACCGAGGACGAGAUCCGCGACUACAUCCGCGACUACGCGCAGGCGGCGCAGAACGCCAUUGCGGCUGGGUUCGACGGGGUCGAGAUCCACGGCGCGAACGGGUACCUGAUUGACCAGUUCACACAGGAUACGGCCAACCAGCGCACGGAUGGCUGGGGCGGCAGCGUUGAGAACCGCGCGCGUUUCGCGCUGGAGGUCACCCGGGCUGUGACGGAGGCCAUUGGCGCCGAGAGGACGGGCAUCCGCUUCAGUCCCUUCAGUACCUUCCAGGGGAUGCGCAUGGCGGACCCCGUCCCGCAGUUCGAGUAUCUGGCGCGCAAGACGAAGGAGUUCAAGCUGGCGUAUGUGCAUCUGGUCGAGCCGCGCAUUGCGGGUAACACGGAGGUCGAGGAGCCCACCGCUGACUCGUUGGAUUUCUUCUUCCGUGCUUACGAGAACGCGGGCCCUAUCAUGGUGGCCGGCGGCUAUAAGGCUGAGUCGGCCAAGGAGGCUGUUGACUCGCUCUACAAGGACUAUGAUACCCUUGUUGCUAUGGGACGGCCCUUUACCUCGAACCCGGAUUUGCCUUUCAAGGUCAAGGCGGGCAUUCCUUUGAGGGAUUAUGAGAGGGAGAAGUUCUAUCUGGUUAAGGAUCCGAAGGGAUACACUGAUUAUGAGUUUAGCGAGGAGUUCAAGUCUGUGCAGGUUGCUGCUUGA